UACGCAUCGAUCAAGAACAACUCCCACCAUUACCAUUACCAAAAUGGAGACAACCAAAGUGGGCGGUUUCGACCCCAUAUUCCUCAACGUCCUCCACGACCUGAUCGACUUCACGGACGAGCCUGGGCAGAGCGGCCACCACGCGCCGUCACGCGCGUACGUGCGAGACGCGAAAGCCAUGGCGGCGACUCCGGCCGACGUCGUCGAAUACCCGAACUGCUACCAGUUCGCGAUCGACAUGCCGGGGCUGAAGCCGGACCUAAUCAAGGUCCAGAUCGAGGAGAACCAGCAGCUGGUGGUGAGCGGCGAGAGGAAGAGGGAAAGCGAGAAGAAUAAGGAGGGCAAGUACGUCAAAAUGGAGAGGAGGCUGGGGAAGUACUUGAAGAAAUUUCCGCUGCCGGAGACCGCCGACGCCGAGAAGGUGUCGGCGGUGUACCAGGACGGGGUGCUGUCGGUGACGGUGGAGAAGAGGCCGCCGCCGGAGCCCAAGAAGGCCAAGACUAUUGAGGUUCAAGUGGCCGGAUGAGUUCGUGAGGUAUAGAAUUAAGGCUUGUUUGGGUUUCGGAUUUCAGAGUGUGCUGUCAUUUCCCUGCUGUAAAUUGUAAAAAGCUGUUGUAAAAAUAAAAUAAUAGUAAAAAAAAUUACGAGGGUUUAAUAUGUUUUACAAUCAAAUUUGAUUGUGUUGAGGUUGAAGUUAUAUGGUAUCUCGGCUCCUAUGCCUAUUGUUCGAAGAUGCCUAACAUAGAUAAAUACAACUGUUCUAUUAGGAAUUAA